AUGCUCCUCAAGAUUCUUGAAAUCCUCCAACUAAAAAACGAGCGCUUUGGAGGGAAAGCUAAAGACUCAAUCGCGUAUAACUUCAUGGAUGACAAAGAAUCUGGGUUCAAUGAUGCAAAACAGGUUUACGAGACACAGCAAGACAAAGAAUCGACCCACUGGGAUCAUAUGAACGAGUAUGCGCGAUCCAUCUUGCGCCUCAAAGCACUCUUGGAUAGCGAAGAGCAGCAGCCAGUUCCUAUCAACACUAGAGACGUCGACCUGUACUCACUAUCCAACUACAACCAAGCGGAAAGGAUCGCUUCGCAAUUCAAUCUGGUGGGGAAUGCUGGGAGAUGGGUCGAACCGACUCCUCCUGCAUCACCACUUUCUGAGGGACAAGCAGAACAUACUCAAUAUGUCGCAGAUAUCUCGUCUUCAGCUGUAGACAAGGCCGGCAUGACUUGUGGCGAACAUACCAAUCCACAUGCCUCCACCACUGUCUGGUCAGGCUAUUGA